CAAGAACAGCGGCAGCGGCAUCAAAAUCCCAUCAUGCAUAUCAUAUCCACACACACACCCCUCACCUAACCAUACCAUACCCACAACCACGCGACGAAAAAGUUCCAAGGUUCAUCACCGCUGUUGGCUCUCUCUCAGCUCUGGUCGGUCCUUCGGCGAAAUGUUGUGUCAGUGAGGGAUAUUUAUUACGCAUUCUUACCGCGCACCUAAUCCGUCAGUGACUCCGGGCCAAGACACUUACAGUAUCUGGAGUGUGAUGUGGAAAGCGAGGCUGCCUACUUUACCUGUACGGUGUGAUGCCAGCGGUGAGAGGGUUUUGGCUCUUCUCUUCACGAGUGCCUUGCGCCAAAAGGUUAUCCCGUGCUAAUGAUGUUCUUGGGAGAGGGGUAUCAUGCGGUGGUGCUCCGGAAGAGGGCAUCAUCAAACGCCUUCUCAUACUGUAACCGCUGCAUCUGCGAGCACUACGAGCACGGUGCAGUGCCAGUUCAAUCAGAGCGUGAAUGGGCUAUUGGAAGAUGCAAGCUUCUGAGAGUGAUCUCUUCCAAGCAUUUUGCCUAAUCUUUACCAUCCCAUCAGGGGGAAAGGCUCCACAACAUUGUAGCUUGGUGGGAGAGAGAAAACCCCUGCACAGUAUCCUCGAUUGAGCCUCCGGCCCCAAACAGAAUAUGAUAUGAUACAAGUACUGUACUCGUACAAGUACAGUACAAGCACACCAGACCCAGAUGAGGAUUACCACUCAAGCGCAACUAACCUACCCAACCACCAAAGUGCCGGGAGUUUCACUCGGAACACGGCAUACCGGCACGCGCACCUCGCUGCACUGUACAGUAGGAGCAACUCUACUCGAGUACCAGAAGGCAUGGGUUGGCAUACCCCGACCCCUUCCUAGACAUGUUCAAUGAGGCUCAGCUACCCCCGCCCAAUAAACUCGAAGCGAGACUUGGAGGACACGACGCGUCACUCGGAAUUCGUAGCGACCGGAUCUAACGGCUUCAGCUCGCGGUUAUCCCUCACAAAAAGGCUCGUCCAGAGUACCACGGAAGUGAAAGGGUGAAAGUGACGUUACCUCCACUGCUGGCUGCCCGCCUCUUGCCAAUCGCCAAGCCCCAGCCACACCCGGAAAAUGGCUUCUUGCAGGACAACACCAAAACACAACGUGGGAGAGGGGAAAGAAGGAAAGAAGGAAAGCAGGGCGGUAAGAGAAGAUGGAACGAGGGAAAAAUAAGAAAAUAAAAAAUGUGUGGGGUGGUCCUAUAUCAGCAUGGCCUACCAAGCAAGAGAAUGGAUGUUAAAGAUCCAGGUGCACCACCUGUGGGUGAGUUGUUGGUUGGUUCUUAAAUCUUCAACACCAAUCCUUCCACUCGCCUGGAGAGAGAGAGAGAGAAACAUAGAAGGGUUCUGCCCACUGCACUGGAAGUGCUCUAUUAUAUUAAAUGGCUUCCUUCGUCCGCCAUCCCACGCAUCCUUACAAUCGGCAUUCAUACAACCCAAAUCCCCCCCAUCAAUACGGUCGGGACAUGGAGAUGCAACAACCCCUGAACGGUGGGCGGGAUCAUGGGAAGAUUGAGAGGGAUGUCACUUCGCCAAUACCGGACCCCGAGAUGACGAGACCGGGGAGGCGUGGUUGCAAUCCUUUCCGCGCUUUCGUUAUCAUGUUGAGGAGCUCAAGCAGUUUGGGCGCUUGCACCAACGUCCUCCUACCCUUCGUACCUGUUGGCUUGUUGCUUCACUGGUGGAAGCCCGAUCUGCAUUUAUGGAUAUUUUUGACCAAUUAUCUAGCUAUGAUCCCCAUGGCGAAUUUACUAGCCUUCUCGAGCGCCCAAUUUUCUCGAAGGCUCCCGAGAGUGCUUGGUGUGAUAAUCCAACUUACUUUUGCUUCUUCCGUCGAGGUCAUUCUAUGCCUCGUGCUGCUAUUCAAGAGCCAAUUCCAAGUCAUCCAAGCGGCUCUCCUGGGCAGUAUGUUGGCCAAUCUCCUCCUCUGUACGGGCCUCUGCUUCAUCGUCGGCGGGAUCCGCACGAAAGCGCAAGAGUUCAGCGAAACCGUGGUAGAAACUGGCGGCGGAUUGCUCCUAGUCAGCGUGGCAUCCUUGAUGCUCCCAUGCGCCUUUUUUGAGUCAGUAUCCGCAAUGGGCCGCCUCCCCCAGGACGAGCUCGAUCACAAGGUCCUCCACAUAUCUCGCUUCUCGGCGGUACUACUUCUGAUAGCCUACGUCACGUAUCUCUUCUUCCAGCUCGCCACUCAUCACUCCGAGUUUGACCAGGCACUCUACGAGAGCGAGCAGAGGAACAAAGACCGGGCAGACAAUAUCCGCCGGGAAAACCUAACAAUUGGCGAGGCGGCCUUUUUGACAUUCAUGAGUUUGGCAUUCGUCACGCUGCACGCCGUGUUCCUAGUUGAACAGAUUCAUUGGAUUGUCUCGCAUAAACAUGUUUCCGACGCCUUUAUGGGCUUGAUCCUGGUGCCGCUGGUGGAAAAGGCUGCCGAGCAUCUCAAGGGAAUCGACGAAGCAUGGGAUGACGCAAUGGACUUUGCACUCUCCCACCUCCUCGGCUCAACAAUUCAAACCGCCCUACUCGUCUCCCCGAUAAUAGUCCUAGUCGGCUGGGCAGCGCACAAACCCUUCAACCUCAACUUUGAAGUCUUCAUGGUCAUCGCCCUGGUCUUCUCUGUCCUCAUCGUGGGGAACUUUAUCAAGGAUCGGAAGAGCAACUACCUGGAAGGCGCGCUGUGCGUCAUAUUUUACAUCAUGAUUGCCGUGACAACGUGGUAUUAUCCGAGCCCGGAGGGUAUGGAGGAGGAACAUUAGGGGUUGGGCUUAAUUUUUCUUAUCCCAGGAGUUGGUGGGCUUUUUUUCUUCCUCUUCUUUCAAUCGUGAGGGUAUGGCAUAGCCUAUCAUUUGUGGUUGGAGCGAGUUUCUUGUGCAAAUAUACCCAGCUUCAGUUUCUGCUCUUUUCCCCUUUCUUUUUUUGUUUGAUAUCAGGUGACAAUAUGGAUUGUACACCCUUUUUUUGUAGGGGGAUUAAUAGGAAUCAUAGCAUGUCACUCGUG